AUGUGGCCGUUAAUUAAAUUAAACGUCGAAUCGUCGCGAGAUUUAGGUAACAAGAAGAUGAUUUAUCAGUGCCGCGGCUUGCCGUUUGUUCGUACAGAGCGGUUACCGAAAUACAUGUAUUUAAUUGUGCCUAAACACAGAGAUGAUGGACGGGCUCUUUUAGAAGAUAUUAAAGAUUUAUCUUUACCAGAUUUAGUAAAAUUGGUCCAGGAUACAACACAAAGACGUCCAAAUGAUGUACAUGAAAGUGAUGUAAGUUUUUACUUAUAUACAAAGAAUUUAUCCGGGAUAAAAGUAAAUUAUACUCUAACAGAAGUGCUGAAUACAUCUAAACCUUUUAAGUUUAUUAUUCAUGGAUAUAUUGAAAAUCAUAAAAGACUUUGGUAUAAAAAUAUGACCACUGAAUACCUAAUUAAUGGAGAUUUUAACAUUAUUCAGGUUGACUGGGAACGGCCUUCUCGAUUUAGUUAUAUUUCGUCAGCUUUCAAUACAAGAUAUGUAGUAUUGUUUAUUUUGGUAAAGAAAAUGGAGUGUGCAAGUAGUACUUCAUCUGAUGAAUGGGAAUGUGAACUAGAGGAGUGUGCUGUUGCUAUUAUUAUAAAUAAAAAACAAAAUUUCUUUAAUGUUGAUUGUACAGGAACUCAUAUGAACGCACUUUUUCAAUAA